GUGGCGAGUCGAGCAUGCAUCGUUUAAAUCAAAUGGCGAUCGCCAUAGCGUGAAGCGUACGUUACGGUGCAUUUCUGGAUGGCUACGCACCAUUUGGGCCUGUGCUUUUUAUCCACAUGUGGACGUGGGAGUAGUGGUUGUUUGCUGUCUUCGUGUUUAUUGCGUUAAAGUUUAUUAUUUUUAAAGGUGGAAACUUGUCGAACACGGGGGGAGAUGAUGGAGGACGACUUUGUAUUAAUGCCGCAGCUGUUGCCUGUGGAGGAGAGCGGAGGAGGGGAGGAGGCGGCGAGCGGACCGCCAGUAACACCGGCAGAGUAUCUGAAUCGGGUCCGGCUUGAAGCUGCCAGAUGCCCCGAAGUUGCCGUGGCCAACAUUGACCCAGAAAAACUCAAGCGGAAGCAACCGGUGAAAGUAUCGAAUCCGUGCGGUUGUCUGCCAGCUCCACGCGGCUUCGCCCCCAGCGUCGAGUGGCAGAUGCAGCAGCAGGCCGCCUUCUCCGCCAUGCGCCAGAAAAUAUCAAGGAACAAAGCAAGACGGAUACUCCUAAAGCUACACAGCGACAUAAAGAUGCCAGAAGCGGAGGAUGAGGAGGGGUGGAAGCGGUUCUGCUUGGGGGAGCGGCGGUACGGCAGCAGAGCGCAAUCCGAACCCCCCCCCGCCGCCGCCGCCGGCGUCCACGACGACCCCGCAGACGGCGAAGAGCUGGACCUCGACUUCCUGAAGAUCGGCACCCCUCCGCUGCUCAGCGUGGUUGGCAACUUGGGUCAAGCGACCCUCAUCGUGGUGCUCGAGUACCUGACUGUGUGGUUCGAGGAGAGAGGCUUCUCCGAGGAGCUGGGACGCUGGAUCUACGCGCUGCUUGCCUGCAUCGAGAAGCCUCUGCUGCCAGAGGCCCACUCCCUGCUGCGACAAAUAGCCCGCAACUGUGCCAGCCUCCGGGCCAGUCUGGAGAGCCCCGAAGACAGCAGGCUGUCUGCGCUCAACUUGCUCAUCUGCCUUGUGGCGAGAUACUUUGAGCAGAAGGAUCUCGCGGACAACUGACGGUGGACUGAGCCGUCGGUUCGCAACGCUCACCUUUACAAAAAAGAUUCAAUCUGCCCACACCGCCCCCCCCCCCCACCCACCAUUUUAUUAUGAUGAAUACAAAUCUUCAUCAUAACCGCGAUUUUACAGUCUGUGAACAAAGACAAAGAUCCCCCGUGUAGUCGUAACAGACUGUUUGGGGGAAAGUGCUGUUAUAAUGAGUAUCAGCAGCGCGACCUAUGAAGGGCCUGCACUGUGGCACACGUGGCGAGUUGUGGCCUGGCACCUCACCCGGGGCUGGCCGCCUUUGUCCCGCUCGUGGCGAUGUUCACGCGCCGCUCCAGGUACUCGUAGUGGAGGCCGAGUCGACCUAGUGGAGGCCCAGGAAUCCGUGAACACAACUCGCGCGGGCGCGCGCGCGCGCAAGCUUGGGACAGGGAAAGCGCGGGGAGCAGUUUUAGAGCUUUGUGUUUUUCGUCGCGCCGCGUCGGCAAGCGGAGUCGAGUUGGCUCGCGAUUUUGCCUGCGGCCCGAAACCGCGAUCGCUGUGCAGUGGCGGCAGCAGCAGCAGCAGCAGCAGCGUAAAAUGUUUUUUUUCAUAUUGAGAAUAAAACUUGCCACGACGAUAGCGAUGCUCGAGCAGAACUAAGCGAAUGUGCGUGUGAAUAAACGGCGUGGUGUUUUUUUGAUACUACCCAUUUUUU